CAGACCAUGACCAUCUCCGUGGUUCUGAGCCUUCUACAUAACUCAGAAACGUCAUGUCAGCAACCUACAGUAUUGCUUAGAGCAAAUCCCCGUGUAGCUACGGACGGCCUUCAGAAUGAUCCAAUCAGCCGCUAAUGGAUUUGACAGGAGAAAUAUCCAGCGGUGUUGAAGUCGAAGUCACUAUUUUGAACAUUGAAGGUCCGAGGAUCCCUUUGGAUUUCUCAUUCCUAGAUUAGAUACUACCGGGUUCUCGCGCGAUGCACAUGAAUCUGUUGGCGACGUCCGAUCUUACAUAGUCCCCUGUUAUACGACCGACAACGGAUGAUAGCUUUCCCACCGACAUGCUGUCCAACCUUUCUCCCCUAGGCAGACUGUCUGCUUGCUGCCGCUCAAUACCGACACCAAUGGAGUUUCAGGUACAUUUUGCUGUGAUUCUGUUGUGCCCAACCGGCCUACAACGAUCAUUCGACCGUGCGCGCUGGGCAGCACUUGCCUACGCUGCAUUCCCGGGGAAUGUAAGGGUCGGCCUAAAUCAGGAUCAAGGAGGUGUGACCAGUGGUCCUGCCUGGUAACCAACACGGACCUCUUGCAAGCAGGUAUUUUUGGUAUCAAACGACAUUCAUCGCGCUCCGAGGGUGGCCAACAGGAGCGCCGGCACGACGGGAAGUCACACAUUGUCAUCAUCACCUUGGGGACCUGAAUAUAAUGCAGAUGCCGUUGGAAGUGGGCCUGGCGGCACCAAUCGCUGAAUUUUCGCAGGCAUGCAUGCUUUCCGAUGCAGACAAAAUUUGAUUAGUUUCGUCAGUCCAGAAACAGUCCAUUUAAAAG